UCCAUUAUUUUCUUUUGUUUUUUUUUUUACGGAGUUCGGGAUCCAUCUUAGUCUGAUUUGGUCGCUUUGAAUCUCUACUUUAUCUGCUAUUAAGCUUAUUAUCGUAGGAUUUCUUUUCAGAUUCUACGGAUUUUCGAAUUGUUUCCUUGUUUUGGGUUUUCUACCCUGUUUGGCAACUCGGAAAGUGCAGGAAAUCGAAUUUUCUUUGAAAUUUUCAGUUUUCGGAGGGUUUAACCUAAUGGGAUCCUGAAAAAUUGGAAACUUGGUCGGUGAUUUACCAAUGAUAUUGAUGUCAUCUUUUGCUGUUCUUUGAAUCCAUUGAUGAACAUUUGUCGAUUAUUGUGGUGGAAAAAUUUGGGGCUUUAAAGAUGAAGAGAUUUAUGAGUUGCUUGUUCGGUUUUGUUGAUUGAUUGGGAGCUCUGCUGAUUUUUGUGGGUUUCUAUUUGAUUCAUGAUGCUGUUGAUGAUUUUGUAGCCGCUGUGGUUGACUUGCAAGUCAUAAACUAGAAUUCAGAAAAAUAAAGAAGAAAAAAAUAUGGGGGAAACUAUACUCACAACCUUGUCAAUGGAGAAUUAUCAUCCAUCUACACUUUUAUCAAUGGAUUCAAGUUCUCUAACACAUGAAGAAAUGGAGAGAGAGAUGAAUCGGCCAGUCAUUCUUUCACGGCCCCCGGAUAUCAAUCUUCCGUUGUCAUCUGAGCCUAGCCCUCCUUCCUUGGGUUGGAAUGAUACAUGUGACAUCUUAGAUGUUAGUCUUGCGCCUCAAACUUAUGAGGUUGAGACAGUCAUCAAUGUCCCAAAAGUUACAAAGAAGUGCACAAAACGGCUUGAUAGUAUUUGGGGUGCAUGGUUUUUCUUUAGCUUCUAUUUCAAGCCUGUUCUGAAUGAGAAAUCAAAGUGCAAGAUUAUUAGGGACAGUAAUGGCGUAUCUGGUUUUGAGAAAUCAGAUUUGCAGCUUGAUGCUUUCUUGGUUCAGCAUGACAUGGAAAAUAUGUACAUGUGGGUUUUCAAGGAAAGGCCUGAAAAUGCCUUGGGUAAGAUGCAGCUGAGGAGUUACAUGAAUGGGCAUUCUCGCCUAGGGGAGCGCCCUUUUCCAUUCAGUGUUGAUAAGGGCUUUGUUCGGUCUCAUAGGAUGCAGAGAAAGCAUUACAGGGGUCUCUCCAAUCCUCAGUGUGUUCAUGGAAUAGAAAUUGUUAGAUCACCCAAUCUCAUGAAUCUUGAUGAGGAAGAGAGGAAAAGGUGGAUGGAGCUUACUGGUAGAGACGUAAAUUUCUCAAUUCCUGUUGAAGCAAGUGACUUCAGUUUGUGGAGGAACCUUCCAAACACAGAAUUCGAGCUUGAGCGCCCUCUUCAUCCAUUAAAGAAUAAUGGGAAUUCCCAACCGAGAAAAUUGCUUAAUGGUACCAGUUUGAAUCUGUCCACCCAGUCAUCAGACCAUAGCAAUGGUGAGAGCAUAGACCUUUCGCCUGUAUCUCAUAAGCGGAAAAAGGAUUAUUUGCCACAUGGAAAUGAUGAUGAAUGUCUCGCAAACAAUUCACAUGGUGACAGAGUUGAUAUGAAUAUCCAUCCAGUUGAGCCAGCAUGGAUAAAUGAGUUCAGUGGAGUAAUGAAGAAUGUAUAUGGGCCUGUUACAGCAGCAAAAGCAAUAUAUGAAGAUGAUGAAGCAUUCUUAAUCAUCAUCAGCUUGCCCUUUGCAGAUAUUCAAAGAGUGAAAGUCACCUGGAGAAACACUAAUUCACAUGGAAUUGUCAAGAUAUCUUGUGUAAGUACAGCCUGCAUGCCAUUUAUUAAGAGACAUGAUAGGACAUUUAAGCUAACAGAUCCAACACCAGAGCACUGCCCUCCAGGGGAAUUCAUUCGGGAAAUUCCCCUUCCAAACCGCAUUUCAGAAGAUGCUAAACUGGAAGCAUACUGCGAUGAGACAGGUACAAUGCUUGAAAUUAUUGUCCCCAAACAUCGUGUCGGACCAGAAGAACAUGAAGUCCACGUAUGCCUUCGCCCUCUCCUUGGAGUGAAUGGGCAUUUGUCGAGCUGAAAGAUGCAUUUAUUUGAAGAUGUAAGGACGGUUAGACUGGUUAGUGCUUCAUUGAUUACUAACCCCAUUCCAUAAAGGAAAUUUAUGAAAUGAUAUUUGCAUUUUUUUUCUCCGGAUUACAUGUAUUUUCUAUUCAUUAAGCUUUCUUAUUCUCUAUUGUGUUUUUGAAAAUUAUUUUAGGCUUCACUAGGUAAGUAAUCAUCACGGUUGGGGGGAAGAGAAUAGCAUAGGAAGAAGAAUCUUAACUUGUCAUCAUUACGAAUAUCAUUGAUUCAGUUAUCAAGAGAAAUGCCAGUCCCAGUGCUGAUUUUAAGCAUUCAGUUAUCUGGACUUGUUUCAGGAGCAUGUAUAAUAUGGCUUCUGCCACUGGUAUGUUCUAGUGAGAUAUUAUAUUACAUUUGUGGGAGCUUUGUCUUUCAACAUUUCUUCAAAGCUGUAAUACAAGUUUCAUCCACAACCGAUGCAACUAUGCAUGCUUUAUAGAUCACGCAUAGUUUUGGUUGAAACAUUGUAUUAUCAGGAGGGAUUUGUUUUAUUAAUGUGACAUUUGCAGAUCUUUGCUAUAAUAACAUGUUGGCUUGGUAA